AUGUCACUGGAGACUAUCACGACCAUCUCGCCCAUCACCAACAAGCCAGUCCUCACGCGCAACGGCCUCUCAGAUGCUGAUCUCCAGACCGUUCCUGAGACGGCCGCGCGUGCCUUCGAGUCGUACCGUCGCACGGCCCUGUCGGAUAGGCAGCAAAUCGUCAAGAAGGCCUUGAAACUGCUGAACGAGCGCCAGGAUGCGCUGGGCACAGAGCUCACUGAGCAGAUGGGUCGCCCCAUAGCUUACACGGCCAAAGAGAUCUCCACCGCCGUGCUUCGCGGCGAGUACAUGCUCAAGAUCAGUGGCGAGGUCCUCAAAGAGACAGAAGGCGAAGCCGAGAAGGGCUUCAAGCGCUAUAUCAAGAAGGUCCCCUUGGGGCCCGUAUUGAUCCUGUUUCCGUGGAACUACCCGUAUCUGACCCUUGUAAACUCCUUGGUACCCGCUUUGCUGGCCGGCAACUCAGUAAUCCUGAAGCCUUCCCCACAGACGCCGACGAGUGCCGAGCAGGUCCAGCAGAUAUUCGGCGAAGCCGGGCUGCCCGACGGUGUUCUCCAGAUUUUCCACAGCGGGUCCAUCACCCAGAUUGAGGCAAUAGUCCGGUCACCGCAGAUUCAGCUGGUGUGCUUCACUGGCUCGGUAGCCAAUGGUCUUGCUGUGCAAAGUGCAGCAAGCGAUCGAGUGCCUGUUCGCGUGGGGCUCGAGCUCGGUGGCAAGGAUCCUGCUUAUGUUCGAUCUGACGUCGACAUCAAGUGGGCUGCCGAGGAGAUCGUAGAUGGUGCAGUCUUCAACUCAGGCCAAAGCUGCUGUAGCGUCGAGCGAGUCUAUGUGGACGAGAAGAUCCACGAUGAGUUCAUCUCGGCCGUCCAAGACGUACUAAAAGGGUACAAGCUAGGUGAUCCGUUCGACAAGAAAACAAACAUCGGCCCUGUCGUCUCCAAGCGGUCAGCAGAGACCAUUCAUUCCCAUAUCAAAGACGCCUUGGAGAAGGGAGCGAAGGAUGCAACACCCGACAACGAGUCCUUCAAGUCGCCUCCAGCAGACGGGAAUUACGUUCCUCCGACUCUCUUGACCAACGUCAACCACGAAAUGGCGGUGAUGACGGAAGAGACAUUUGGACCGGUCAUCCCUGUGAUGAAGGUCAAGAACGAUGCAGAGGCGAUCAAGCUCAUGAAUGAUAGCCAGUUCGGUCUCACGGCCAGCAUCUGGACCAAGGAUGUCAGCAAGGGCCAGGAGCUCAUCGAAGAUGUCGAAGCAGGAACCGUAUUUGUGAAUCGAUGCGACUACCCCGCUCCGGAUCUGGCGUGGGUGGGAUGGAAGGAUUCAGGAAAGGGUCAGACACUCUCACGACUCGGCUUCGACCAAUUCGUGAAGCUUAAGAGUUACCAUAUCAAGGACUACCCGAAAUAG